AUGUCCUUUGUUGACCUUCUCUUUCCCCAGAAAGAGCUGGAGGCUCUGGGGAACAAAUGGCAUGAACCUGCUCCUAAGCGGAGGAGGCUGGAUUCGGGGAGUGUUGGGAGUGCCCAGGUCGUACAGGGGUCUUGGGCAGGUCAGCGUAGGCCAAGCAGUGAACAGAGUCUGGAUCAACGCCGUCAUCGGUUGUCGACACCGGCACCAAUCCAAUAUGGAAGGCCGUCAGUGUCGUUAGAGCAUAUGAACGUCCGCGGCACGAAGAGGUCCAACUCGGACUCUCAACCAGUCAGCUGCACCUCGAAUCCGAACAAACAGACAACAAUACCCAAGUCUUGUCUCCCGAGUUUUAUCGAGCCGUCUCUGAUGAGGAACUACCUUCAGCAUCUCCAUCCCAAAGAUCGCCAUCGCUAUACUACUGUCAACGAACCAAAGCCAGAAUCGAGACCGAGAGACAGAAACAUGCGGAUGUCUCCGCCCAGUUUCCUCGAGGAGGCACUGUCUUCUCCAGGAUCCCUCACUGCGGAUACAUCGUCGUCUCCUGCUUCUACCGACAGUUGCCCUACUCCUGCCGCUGUUUGCGAGCAGUUCCGUUCAGGGCCGUUUGGGCAUAUCUUUAGCGGAAUGCGCCUUACAGACAAUGAGCGAAAUUUGAUGGAAGAUCUCCUGAAUCCGUCUACAACGCUUCCCGAGGACGCGACACAGGCCCAGACGCUCCAGGAGACGGCCCCGAAAGUCGAGCUUGCACCCGAAGACUACCUGGAAAUCGAUGAAACGUUGCUACAAAACAUGUUCUACCCGUUCGUGAAGCAAGAGAUUCAACCCUUUGACAUUGCACCGAACGUCGAGAAGGAGUAUGAAGUGCACUCGUCGGGUCUGAGUCCUGCAGCUGAGGAGGCGGAGGAUGUGGAGGAAGCAGCGGGGGCAGAGGAAGACAAGCCGACGGGCCACCGGGGGAUCGUGGUGUACGACUACAAUGCUCUCAGCGUGGACGAUUUCUUUGAUUUGGACGAGGCUUCCUCCAGCUAG